GCGAGUCCAGCUUCUGGGAGAAGCCCGGGCUGUUUGUUCCUGUAACCUGGGAGAGGGGCGCACACAGUCGCGCGUCCCUGUACGCACACUCCUGCUCGCCGCCCCUGGGCGCCCGCUGGGAGGAGCAGCCUCUCCGCGAUCGCCUCCCACCCCCUGAUUCCUGCUGCUGCCGCCCAGAGGAGAGAAGAGCCUCUGCCUCGAAUUUCCCCUCGGCGCCGGUGCUGCGGAGAUUCGCGCGGGUGGGCGUGAGGAAGAGAACCCGCUGAAUGAGUUCUCCCCUCGCCUUGGAGUUGUCUGAGUUGGCGGCUCAGCGCCCGGGUUUCCGGCACUCAGCGCCCGACGACCUUGCCUCUCCCGGGGCUGCUGCCCACGCCCGCGCCGAGGGUGGCACCAGCCGCGCCGGGUUGCUGAGGCUCCUGAGCUCCUGUCCCGGCCCCAUUUCGGGGCAAAGGAGGGUUGUCCCCCACGGAGACGCACAGUCGCGCGGUCUUCUCUCCGCGGCGGAUUCAGUGUCCAUGGCGUCUCAUCAGCAAACCCGAAUCCAGGCUUACCUAGAGAAGAACAAGAUCGGUCCUCUGUUUGAGGAAUUAAUGACCAAGCUAAUAACUGAGACACCUGACCAGCCAAUCCCAUUUCUUAUUGACCAUCUUCAAUCUAAACAAGGAAAUCGUGGACAACUGCAAAGAACUUUGUCUGGAUCCGCAGCUCUCUGGGCAGAAAGUGAAACAUCAGAAUCUAAAGGAACAAGAAGAGAUUUCAGAAGCUAUGAUAAACCUUGGCAAUUAAAUGCAAAGAAGCCUAAAAAAUCAAAAAGUGACCUUGCUGUGUCUAAUAUUUCUCCCCCAUCGCCAGACUCCAAAUCAUUGCCAAGGGCAGUAGAGCAUCCUAAGUGGAACUGGCGGACUAAACCAGGAAGCCGGGAUUUUGAUGAAUUGAACCACAUCCUUCAAGAGAGCAAGAAGCUCGGGAAAGCCCUUGAGAAUCUCUCCCGAAGUAUUGCAAUUUCAGAUGAACUUGAUAAGGAAACAGUGGCAUUCAAUUCUUCUCUUCUGAGGCCCCGAGUGAUCGGAGAAUGGAUUGGUAGAGAAGAAAACGAUGCUGAUCCACUAGCUGCUGAAAUGCUGCAGCCCCCAGUUCCAAGAAGUAAAAAUGACCAAUGGGAAAGCGAAGACAGUGGCUCUAGCCCUGCAGGAAGCUUGAAGAUGGAGCCCAAGACUAAAGGAUUAAAACAACAGCAGCAGCAGCAUAAGAAACUUCUGGCAGCCAUGCUUUCUCAGGAUUCCUUUGAGUCCAUCCACAGCCCUACCCCAUCUGUAACAGAAGAAGACAUUGACAACGAAGAUGAUGCAAUGGAGUUGCUGGAGGAUCUUGAUGAUUUAAGAAUGGAGGGAGUAACAACCCUGGUACCUUCUGGGAGCAAAUUUAACCAAGGCCGACCUACUCAUCCUGCUGAGCCCCAGGCCAAGGUCACACUGAAUAUCUGUUCAAGGUGUGCCAGGCUUCAAGGAGACAAUCUGGCUGAAAGGACUGAAGAGACGUUACAAUUGCUUCAUUCUCCAGAUGAAAUAAUCCCAGAUUCAUUGGAUUCUUUACCUGGGACUGAAGAAGCACUGAUGGAGGAGGGUGAAGAAUUUGAGAAAGCAUCUAAAUUAACAGGAACUGGAGAAGUCUCCAGUGGUGGAUACCCACUGAAAAACUAUCCGGAAGAAGAUGAAUCUUUAAAGCAACUACAGGUACUUCAUCAACCAUGGCUAUUGCCAAGUGACACAGAGAGUGAAGGCGUCGAGGCAGAACAAGACAAACGUUCUGCUGAUCUUCUUUGUGUUCCAUGCUCUUCUUGUCCUACCCUGGUCUACUCUGGUAUGUUUGUUCAGGGCACUUAAUAUCAAUGUCAGGUAAUUGUGGGUGCUAUCUCCAAUGCUCAAAGUUCAUAUUUUUGAAAACCAUUCUCCUAUUGACUUAAUGGGAAAAGAUUUUGUGCCAAGGACCCUGCAUUUCUCUCUCUCUCUCUCUCUCUCUCUCUCUCUCUCUCUCUCUCUCUCUCUCUGAUGCUGUGUAGGUCUCAUGUCCUCAUUUAGUCCAUAUUCUCCUGUGCUGUGAUGAUGGGAUGGGGAUUUUAAAUCCCUUCUCCUUAACAGGAAAAUACAAUUUAGAUAGAGUUGAGCUGAAAUACAUAUCCCUUGGACUGUGCAGAUUGUGAACUCUGUCACCAUUAAGUAUCUCCUAGAGUUACAGCAUCUCAGAGCAGUGUCACAUCCAUGGACAUGAAGCAACCUAUGAACUGGAUAUAAAAUCAGCAGUGUCUCUUCUCCACAUGUAAUAGGACCACAGAAUGUAAAAGCUGGAAAGAACUUUCGAAUCAUCUGCUCCUCUCCUAAUCCCACGCUGGUCUCUUCUCUCAGUACACCUACCAAAUGGUCAUCCAGACUCCACAUGAACCUUUGAGUAACGGGGACUUCAUUAUCUCCCUUAAUGCUCAUUUAUCUUUGUUAUUCUCUAGAUGAUCAGUAACCCAUUCAGUCUGUAUUAGGAAUCACCUACAGAAAUAAUUUCUGCAAUGCAUCAGGAUUUAGCUUUCAGAAUCAUAGUAUAUUCAUUGCCACAUAAAACAUGAAAAAAGGUUUACUAUAAAUCAUGGGAAAAAUGUCACAGUAAAACAUGAAAAGCAUAUAAAAAGGGAAACAAAACCAAAAAAAAGAGGGUUGAUUCAAAAAAUUAUACCAAUCUAUAUGAUGGAAAACUCUGAUUCCAAUAGGAAGGAUGAAAUAUACAUUAGUUGGAUAUAAACAUACAUAUAUAUAUAUACUUAAUCUGAUAUUAACAUAUUUAUUACAUAUAUAUGUGCAUUUUGAAUAAAAAUAUUAGGAAAAUUUUCCCAAUAUUUUUAUUAAAAAGAUAAAUCAUAAGACAAAGUAUUAAAUAUAACUCAUUUUUGGUUCUACAUGGUAAAUAGAAACAUACACAUCAUAAAUUUACAAUUCAGGUUACUGUCUGGAUGGUUAUAGACAAAAUGCCAUCAGUGGUUGUCUCUGUGUGGUAUAAUAAUAGUCCUUUGAUCAUUAAUACUAUUUUAAUAUUAAAUUUUAAUGCUUAAGUUGUAAAAUAUGUUCAAAUUGUUCUAAAAUAAAUUACUAUCUUAUUUCGCUCCAAAAUCUGAAUCCUUAUAGCCAUCUUCUUCAUGAUUCUAUCUUUUGGGGUUGUAGACAAUACUUGCAGCACUGUAGGUACACUAUUAUAUGGUCCCUUUUUCCGUCUUUCAAGUGUUCUUUGUAUGAUAAAUGGGCGCACUGUUCUUCAAUCCAAGAACUGUCAAUCAUUGUUGUGAUUACAUUUAGUAAAAGCCUGCCACGCAUCCAACACUAUGACAGAGAAUAGCAUAUCACCAUCAUGGGCGACAGGGCACCUUUUGUGGUUCUCAUGGAAAUUUAUUAAGUUGUGAAGAAGACAUAUAAUGAACAAUUAUUUACACAAAAUGCUGAUGAUUAUGGUGACAGUCAUUUGGGUGAGAUAAGUGCAUGCAGCAGAGAAUUCUACCUUCAGUAGUAAUGGUAAAGGAGUCAGAUAAAAGGAGUUUGUGGGAUUGGUUGGUGUAAUAGUGCAUUCCAGAGAGGGAAAAAUGCAAAAACAGUCACAUUUUCUUUUUCCUUUCUUCCUUACUUUGCUCACUCUCCUCUGCUAGAUAAUAUUUUUUUUGAACAAACUGCCAUAUGCAAACUAUUCUUUCAAGACUUGUGGGUAAUUUGGAGAUUCAUAGUUUUCUUCAUAAAUGUUUAAGGUCUAAUUGGUGAAUCAGAAAUAUAAAACAUAACUAUGACAAAGCAGAAAAAGAGCAUCAAACAUUCUAAAGAAAAGGAUACUUUCCCUUGCCACCCUCAUCUGAUUAGGAUUUUAUAUGUGUACCAGAAGUUUACAUACUGAAAGAAAAUUAUGGUUAAUAGAGGUAAUACUCUAAUGACAAUGUCUUUGUAAAAAGUUUGUACUGAGUAGAGGAAACCAUUAAGAUCCCAAGCUUUCUUUUUAAUAUGUUGCACUACUGACUUAGUCUUAAAUACAUUCUUUUUAAUUUCAUUUC